AUGUCUGGCUGGGGCAAGUCGUGCGCAUAUCACCACAGGGCAGAAAAGAUCAACCCGUCAAACGCCAGUCCACAACAAGUUGCAAAAGACCCCGACAGCAUUAUCGAGGCAUGGCAUUCACAGAGUCGGAGCGCUACCCACUGGACCGAAGUAUUAUCGACGUUAAAACUGCAAGCUGGGCGUAAUGGUCUUCAGGUCCGUGACCUGAUCCCCGACUUUAUUCGCCAACAAAAGAUGGGAGCUCAAGACGACUCUAUAGUACCAGAGAACUUUCCAUUUAACAGUCCGGCAGCUGCCAAAUUUGCAUCCAUGGACACUGUCCAAGACCUCCUCCAGCGCCAUAGAGAGAAGUAUCAAUCUUAUAUAGAUGGCUACUUAGUCCUCUACCAGACAAGUCAUCCCAUUAUUGACACCUCCACGUUUCUGCCUGUGAUCGACGCAUUUUGGAAUGACCCCAGGGCGGCAGAUAUGGCCUGGCUAGCCAGCUUCUUGAUGGUAUUAGCACUGGGAUGCUUCGCCGUGACGAGGGACCAGCAUUCAACAAUCGAACUCUGCAUAGCAGCAGAGGCUUGUCUGAGCAAGACACCCUUCAUGGUUCAACCAGACAUGUUGGCCAUAAGGACUCUCUGUCUCAUGGUUCUUGCUAAGCAAACGGUUAGUACGACAUGUCGUACGUUCGAUUCGUGUUGGACAUUACUGGGUAUUGUCACGCGUGCCGCCGUUGGAAUGGAAUUGCACAAACAGCGAGCGCCACUGGAUGAGUCGCGUGAGGGGAUUCGUGCUUGGCAGUCUAGCCAGGCGCUGUGGUCCAUCAUCGUAUACUUUUGCGUACAAGUCGCCACGAUGACGGGAAAGCCAUUGCUUGUAUCGGCCGACAUGUUCACCAAACAUCCACCACCAUCCACCUUCCAGACAAAUGACCCAUGGGUAAUGUUAAUCAGCAUCUACCCGUCAAUAUGUCAUAUAAUCUGCAGAAUCACUAGUGAUAGUGAGAAGCCAUUGUACGACGAGGUGGUGAAGCAUCAUGACCAUGUGCGCCAACUCAUGGAUGCUUUAUUGGGUAGCAUACAUGGCAAGCCGAGGCUUUACAUGACGUUGGACAUGUUUUUCCGCCGUAUUCUCCUCGUGCUGCACCGUUCUCACGCAUUGCAGCUCGCCGCCCCGUUAGAGUAUCAAGUUUCGUACUGGGUUUCUCUGGAAUGCAGCCUGGCAAUUCUGGUGCAUCACCGAGAUCUGGAAGAGCAAAACCGGCCGGAUAACACAAACCUCCUCGCCCGUCUCUUCAAACUCGAUAUUCUUUCCGCAAUGCUGACUGUGUGCCUGCAUCUUCUCCGCCGCGAGGCGCCUCUCUCAACGGGGCUCACAAUCCCACCACGUCGAAUAAUCUUGAGUACACUGCAAGCCUGUGUCGUAAUUUGGGAGAAGGAAACACAUUACUCUCUUUGUUUUAAGAUAGGGCAUUUCCUGCUAGUCUCAGUUCUGAAACUUUUACCAGAUAUAGAUUUUCUCGAGAAUUGA